UCUUCUCCCUCGGGACGGGACCCACACCCGAAACUCCUAUAUCACCCUAACGGCCACCGCCCUCCGCGCCCAAAACACUCCGCCACGGCCACCUUCCAUUCCAUCUCUCUCCCUGCCUGCAUCACCUACAUCGCCGGCGAGAACCAGUCACGCUACGCGAUGGUCGACGUCGACCGAAGGCCGCCACUCCCGCACGGCCUCCCUCGCCCUCCCUCCCACGCUGCCGGCCUGCGCCGCCUCUCUACACGCGCAUCCGCCCCCAGCACCCCGCGCACCGCAGCAGCGCCGCCCUCCUCCUCCGCCGCGGCGGGACCCGCGCCAUCCCCCUCCGCCGUACUGGCUCACCUAUCCGCGGCCGGCGUAUCCAUUCUCCCAGGUCUCUCCGAAUCCGAGCUCGCCGUAGCCGAGGCCGCUCUCGGCGGUCUCCAGCUCCCGCCCGAACUCCGCGAGCUCCUCGCUCUCGGGGUGCCCUCAGGCGAAGGCUUCCCGGACUACCGCUCUGCGGCCGGCCUCCGCCUCCUCCGCUUCUCCGCGCAGGAAAUCCCCGCCGCCGUCGCCGCGACGCUGCCCCUCCUCCCGGGCCGCCGGGGAGGACGAGCGCCGCCCCCGCCGCCUCUCGUCCCGGUGCACGGACGGCAUUACGUGCCGGCGACCCCCUGCCUCGCCGGAAACCCGGUGUUCCACGUCUCGGACUCCGGCGUCGCCUUCGCCGGCGCCAACGUGGCCGACUUCCUCCUCCGUGCCUUCACCGCCGAGCCGCCACCCGGCGCGCCCCUCCGGCGCCAGCUCUCCGCGCCAGUGCCCCCACCGGCGCCUUCCCCCGCGCCACCCUCCACCGCUCGGCGGAGCCUCGACUCCGUGACCGGCAGGGCACCGCGCUGGAUCGAGUUCUGGACGGACGCCGCGGCCGCAGGCGACCGUUUCUUGGAAGUCCGUACCGACUCCCCGGAGGCCACCACCACGGCGUCGCACGCCCCUUCUUGGCUGCGGUCGUACCUGGAGUGGGCAGGGUCCCUGCUGAGGCGCGGCGGGUGGGGCGACGACGAGGUGGAGGAGAUCACGGGAGUGAGCCCCAGCGGCGGCGAGGCGACGGCGUCGGCGUUGAAGGUUGACUGGUGCUGCGGGGAGCUGAGGAGGGGAGGCUGGGGAACGGAGGAGGUGGUGGAGGCGCUCGGGGCGCUGCUGGGGCCGAGGAGGGUGCGGCGUGCGUCGGUGGCCCUGUCGCCGGACGUGGCGGCGCGGGUGGGGAAGCUCGCCGAGGCCGUUUCGCUGGCGGUUGGUUCGAGCGGCGGCGGUGGCCAGAAGAAACCCGUGAUUAGGCGAUUUUGAAAUAAAAAAAGGGAGAGACUGCAGCUCAGUCGACUGAGAUUUUAUAAAUCUCAGUCGCUGACGUCACUUAGUUAUUAAGGCAGCUCUUACGAACGUGCUCAGUUUGCUGUUUGUUAUUUCGACGUUAGCUUGUAGCGAAUUUCCUAGGGGCUCUUUGACAUACUACAGAUUAGAAGA